AUGUUUCACCUCAGCACCCUCAUCACUUUUCUCGCCAUCUCGAUCUUACGAGCUCCUCUUGUAGCAGCAGCAGCUCUACUGGCCAGCUCCCAGGCUUCCGUUCGACAAGUAUACCAAUUCGACAAUGGCACAUGGUUAGAGAAUAUCGCAGUCCGUUCAAACGGAAACCUCCUUGUCACACUAAUCGACCGCCCCUCCCUCUAUGAAAUCAACCCUUUCCAUAACAACACUCCAACCCUCAUCACGAACCUCGAAGAUGAAACGAACACGACCAGCCUACUAGGAAUCACAGAGAUGAGCCCCGACGUCUUCGUGUUCAUCGCAGGCAACUUCUCCGUCGCACGAGCAGGAUCAGACGCAGCGAGCUACUCGAUAUGGCAAAUCGACUUCAACCGUGGUGAUUUGGCCAAGUGCGAAAAGGUCUCCGAGAUCGAGGCGCUCCCUGAAGCCAGUUUCUUGAACGGAAUGACGACGUUGGAUCGCGAGCAAGGUACCGUCCUGAUCUCAGACUCUGUUCUGGGACUCGUUUGGCGAUUGAAUGUCUGGACGGGCAAGUACGAUGUUGUCCUCGAUGAUGAGACGAUGAAGCCGGCGGAGGGUACGCUCCUCGUGUUGGGCAUCAACGGGAUCAAGAUCUUCAAUGGGUAUCUUUACUACAUCAACGCGUUGAAAGGAUUCUUCUGCCGUGUUGAAAUCAACACAUCGACUGGUGAGGCGGUCGGACCAUACGAAACCCUCCAAACCGAUUUGCCUGGGGAUGAUUUCGUCAUGUCUGCAGACGGUGUCGCUUUCAUUGCGGAAAAUGGCGGAAACUCGUUGGAACGAGUAGAUGUAGAUGGGACUCGAAGCUUGAUCGCUGGAGGACUGAACACAACGGUGGUUGCUGGUGCGACUGCGGCUGCUUUUGGAAGAACUUGGAAGGAUCAAGGCGUUGUUUAUGUUGUAACAUCGGGAGGUCAAGCCGCCCCUGUGAAUGGUACUUACACCGAGGGUGGAAAGGUUGUCGCUGUCACUGUGUAA